AUGAGAAAGGUAGGUAAGAGAGGUUUGGCAGGGGCUUUGGCUCGUCAUAAUCAAGCUGAACAAACCAAAUCCAAGAAGAUCAAAUCCUUAGAAGCAUCAAUUGCAAAUCAGAAGUUAAAAGAUCGUUCAAAAUCUAAUGGUAACACCAAGACCAAGAAAGGUAAGCAAGUACAUCACCAAAAAGGGUUGAUCCCUUUUGAUAAGGAAAGUCGACUAAUGUUGAUUGGAGAAGGUGAUUUUUCUUUUGCUGUAAGUAUAGUGAAACAAGAUUAUGUCAACCCGGAGUUUUUGGUGGCUACAAGUUAUGAUACUUUAGAUCAGUUGAAAGCCAAGUACCCAAAUGUUGAAGAACAUCUUAAGUAUCUCGAAGAAAUGAAAGUCAAGGUUUUCUUUGAAAUCGAUGCUAAUGAUCUUACUGGAAGUUUCAAACUCGAUAGUAAGAAGGGUAAAGCCAAAAUCAAAGACGUCUUACCAUCCAUUGAUUACAUUAUGUUCAACUUUCCCCAUACCGGGAGAGGGAUGAAGGAUGUAGACAGAAACAUCAGAGAUCACCAGAAACUUAUGGUUAAUUACUUCAAGAGCUGUAGUAAGAUCUUUGAUCUCGUUAAUGAUUCUUCUAAUGACGUUUUUGGAGGAUAUAAAGAUGAGAUUAAUAGUAAGAUCUUAAUAACGUUAUUUGAAGGGGAGCCUUACAAUUCCUGGCAAAUCAAGAUGUUGGGGAGAAGUGAAAACUGGAAAGUUGACAAAUCAGGGAAAUUCGAAUGGAGUUUGUUCCCUGAAUAUCAUCACCGAAGAACCAAUUCUGUCAAGGACACCACCAAACCAGCAAGUGAAAGAGAUGCCAGGAUCUAUGUGUUUGAGAAGUUUAAGAAGGUUACUAAAGAGGAAAGCGAUAGUGAGUAG